AUGCACCUCUUCCUGCGAUGCCUGGUCUUUCGCCUGGUCCAGGCCCUCCUCCUGCGAACCUACUUUGCCCCCGAUGAGCACUGGCAGAGCACGGAGGUGGCUCACCACCUCGUUUUCGGGGAUGGGCACCUGACGUGGGAGUGGGCGGUGGGCCUGCGCCCCUACCUGCACCCCGCCCUCUUCGCCGCGCCCUACUGGCUGCUGGCGGCGGCGCGCCUGGACGCGGCCUGGGCGGUGGUGCUUUCUUCCCACCUGGUCCAGGCUGCGAUCGCCGCCCUGGCGGAUGUAUCGGUGCAUGCCCUGGCCGCCGAGCUGGCGCCCGAGGAUGCGUCGACCCCAAGGUGGGCCCUCGCCUGCCAGCUCGCCUCCUGGUUCAACGGCUACGCCCUGGUGCGCACGUACAGCAACUCCGCGGAGGCCGCGCUGUGCGUGCUGGGUGUCCUGAACUGGACCAAGGCAGCCGCGGUCCCCAGCGCCGCCGCUCAGUGGCGCUGGCUCUGCGCCGCGGCGGCCGCCUUUGCCCUGCGGCCCCACAGCGCCCUCUUCUGGCUGGUCCCCGGGUCGUGGCGCCUGGCCCGCCUCCCGCCCUGGCAGCGGCCCCGCCUGGCGGCAAUGGCCGCUGCGCUGGGGGCCGCCACCCUGGCCCUGGGCAUGCUGGUCGACCGCGCCGGAUACGGCAGGUGGGUGUGCACCCCCUGGAGCUUCUUCAAGUUCAACCUGCUGGAGGGGGGCAGCGCGCAGUACGGCAGCCACCCCUGGUCCUGGAAUGUGACCCAGGGUUUCCCGGCAGUGCUGGCGUCCUACGUCGGCCUCGCGGCCAUCGCCCUCAGGGGCCAGCUGAAGCGGGGGGGCAGGCUGGUCCCCCUCCUGGCUUUCGUCGGCUGGUCGGUGGCAGUGCAGAGCAUCUCGGCGCACAAGGAGUUCCGCUUCCUCCUCCCCGCCCUCCAGCUCAGCAUGCCCCUGGUGGGCUUGGGGGCCGCCCGCUUGUGGGGCCGCCCGCAUGUUGCGCUGCGGGCCGCCCUGGCAGCCGCCCUGCUGACGCAGGUCCUGCUCUGGGCCUUCUUCGGGCUGGUGCAGCACAGGAUGCACGGCGUGGCGGCUCGCAUGCGCUUCCUGGACUGCUCCCCCGCGCGGUACCGCGGAGAGGUGGCCGCCCUGAACGCCGCCGCCCAGGCCUGGCUGCCCUUCCCCGACGGGCUCUGCCUGCCAGGCCAAAGCGAGCUGGAGUGCCUGCAUCGGCGGCCCGUGGACGUGGCGAGGGGCCUGGUGGAGGCAGGGGCCCCCAGCCACGUGGUCCUCUUUGCGCCGCUGGGCACCGUGGUGGGGGCGACGCUGGCGGAGGGCGGGUACGCGCUCUGGCGCAGCCUGCCCAACUGCUGGGUCCAGGUGGACGAGGACUACCCCUGCACCCUCCAGGUGUGGGCCAGGACCUGA